UUGAUGGCGUAUUCACGGUAACGCGCCACUCGACGGCAUUGGGAACCAUUACGAGGGUAUAAAAGAGCCAGUUCGGAGAGACAAUCCGCGACAGAAUUAUCUGGUGCAGUGAACGGCUAAGCCAGCUCGUACGAUACAAUGCUUGCAAAGCUCAUCUUCCUCGGCAUUGUGGCCUGCGCCAUGUCGCAGCUUAUUGACCCGGAGCCAAUCUACCCUCCGCAGCCGUACCACUUCGGCUACGAUGCGGUGAACCCCGUGGAGGGCUCGCACCACUACCACGAGGAGACCAGCGACGAGACCAACUCGCGCACGGGAUCGUACGGCUACACGGACGCGUUCGGCGUGUCCCGCCGCGUGGACUACGUCGCCGACGCCGGAGGCUUCCGUGCCAGUGUCUCCACCAACGAGCCCGGCACUGCUCCCAGCGCUCCGGCCGAUGUCUUCUACUCGAACCCUGUGCCCGCCUCGUAACUGCCCAGCAAUAAAUGAUCUUCUCACAGCUCCAGUGAAA